AUGGCAGUUAGUUGAAAAUAUUUAUCCUUUGAAAGCGAGGCGGCAUGCGAGUGUUAUUUUUGAGAAUAUUGACGAUAUCGUAACACCGGAGGUAUCGUUUGACGCUAAACAUUCGUGUGGAACGUUUCUCUGUGAAUAGUGGCAUGUUUAUGUGCGGCCAGCUGAGUCAGUAUCAGAGAUAUUUUACAGAGCAGACACAGCGAGGCCCUUAUUUUGCAUUUCUUUAGAGCAACAAAUAUUGACAUUAACUGGAUGAUCCAUAUGUUCGUAAAACCGAUGCAAAUAUGGCCAGUAGAAACCAAUGCAACACCGAUUACUCCGAUGAAGAGAUGGAGACGGAGCCUUCGGAUAACGGAGGCGUCGACAGCGACGACGAGGGCGGCGUCAGAAUAGACGAUGAUAUUUAUAUACCUCCGCCACCUAAGCCGAUAAGCGAAGUGGACGAAAAUGGGCCUAGAAUAAUGAUAACGAAGAUAGUUAAUCAUAAUUUCAAAAGUUAUGCUGGCAAACAAGUAAUCGGACCAUUUCACAAGUGUUUCUCAGCGAUAAUCGGACCCAAUGGUAGCGGUAAAAGUAAUGUAAUCGAUUCGAUGCUAUUCGUUUUUGGGUACAGAGCAAGCAAGAUAAGGUCCAAAAAGAUAUCUGUACUUAUUCAUAACUCAAGUGAACAUCCGAACUGCUCGAGUUGUACUGUGGCUGUACAUUUUCAAACAAUAAUCGAUAAGCCAGGACAUGAAUACGAUGUUGUUCCAAACAGUGAGAUUGUUAUAUCCAGGACAGCAUUUAAAGAUAAUUCAUCUUUUUAUCAACUAAACGGGAAAAAAGUGCAAUUCAAAGAAGUUGCUAAAGUACUAAGAGAGUGUGGUGUUGAUCUAGACUACAAUCGAUUCCUAAUUCUUCAGGGUGAAGUGGAACAAAUAGCAAUGAUGAAACCAAAAGGCCAGACGAAUAAUGACACGGGUAUGCUUGAGUUCUUGGAAGACAUUAUUGGUACGGUUCGGUACAAAGAGCCGUUGGAAAAAUUAUCAGAAAAAAUUGAGUUGUUGACUGAAAAUAGAGCUGAACAUCUCAAUCGACUGCAGGUCGUGGAGAAGGAAAAGGAAGAGCUGGAAGAGCCUAUGCAGCAAGCUGUACGAUAUUUGAAAUGCGAAAAUAAGAUUGCAAAACUUCAGCAUCAGUUGUAUCAUUGCAAAAGAUUACGUGCCCAAGACGAAUGUACUGAAAAAGAAUUAAAGAAGGUGGAAAUGGAUAAUGAUUGCCAGAAGCUCAUGGAUGAAAUGAGUCUAGUCAAAACGCAGAAGAAUGAAAAACAAGCAGAAAUGAAAGAAAAAUGUAAAAAAUGGGAUGUCUUGCAAAACAAAAAGGACCAGUUGACUGCAAAGUACGAAGAAAUAAAAAAAAAGGAUGAACAGUUGCAUGCAGAAUUGGUGGAAACUAAUAAAAGGCGGAAGGCCAACAUGACAUCAGUUAAAACGGAGAAGGAAAAGCUUGAAGGACUGAGCAAAGUGCCGGAAAAGAAUGCUAAGGAUAUCGCAGAGUGUGAGGCAUUGCAUGAGCGCUGUAUAGCUGAUCGUGAAAAGGCUGAAGCAACCCUGGCAACACUUAUGAAUGGUCUGAAAAAGAAAACUGAACCGCUGCUGGAACAGCGAAGAUUGCUGGAAACGGAAUUAAUGUCGCUGAGAAAAAAUGUUGAUCAAGCAAGAGGUAAUCUGGAAAUUGCUCAGUCCAGUCUUCGGUUGUACACGUCAGCAGAAGUAUCGGAGAAAGCGAAGCUUGAGGAAUUGCAGGAGUCGUUAAAAAAUACAAAUGACUUAUUACGGCAAAGAAAGGAACAAAUAAAAGUGUUUGACACUAAAAUACCGGCUACGGAAAAAAGCUUGGCGGAAGCUCAGAGAGAAUUUGACACAGUUAAACAACGAGACCUAUCAGCGACGGCUCAAUUAAGAAAUACAAGAAUUCGAGUUGAAGAACAAAGAUCAGCCAUGAAUGCCAGCAAGUCUAGAAACAGGGUGUUGGAUGCCCUCAUGCAGCAGAAAAGACAAGGCAAUAUCCCUGGAAUCAGAGGCAGGCUGGGUGAUCUUGGUGCCAUAGAUAGCAAGUAUGACGUAGCCAUUUCAACAGCAUGCGGGCCAUUAGACAACAUUGUUGUGGAUACAGUCGAUACUGCUCAACGUUGCAUAGCAUUUCUGCGGCAAAAUGAUAUCGGGCGGGCGACUUUCAUUGCUCUGGAAAAGCAGCAAAGGUUGUGGUCCGAAUGCAGAGAAAGGAUAGCCACGCCAGAAAAUGUUCCCAGGCUUUUUGAUCUUAUCAGGGUCGAGGACGAGGAAGUUCUCCCAGCGUUUUAUUAUGGUCUAAGAAACACCUUAGUCGCUCGUGAUCUGGACCAAGCUACAAGAAUUGCUUACGGCGAGCAAAGACAUAGAGUCGUCACCUUGAAGGGAGAGCUAAUUGAGACGUCAGGAACGAUGAGCGGUGGUGGACGUACCUCUCUCCAAGGUAGGAUGGGCCAAAGCAUUGUUAGAGCUGAACCAUGUGCAGCUGAUGUUGAAAAGUUGCAAGUUGAUCUUGAUAAAAUUUAUGAGGAGUGCAACCAACUUAAGGAUCGACAGCACCAGCUUGAACCGCAAAUCGACUCGCUAUCCAGAUCACUGACUGACAUGAAAAUGGACAGAGAGAAAUACUCGAUUGAAGUACAGUCUCUGACGAAACAGAAACCAUCUUUAGAAUCACAGCUGAAAAUUCAAGAAAAGAAAGCUGCUGAGAGUGUCUCAAAUCCAAAUGAGGUAAAGAAAAUGACCAAAGCAGUGGAAUCUGCUGCAAAAGAACUUGAAAAAGCAGAGAGUGAUUCAAAGUCAACGGAACAUGAAGUAGAUAAAAUAAAUCAAGAAAUUGAAGAAAUAGCUGGGGGCAAGGUAAAAAGUCAGCAAAAAAAUAUCACUGAUUUGUCGAAAAAAAUCGAUAAGGCUAGGGGAGAAAUAUGCAGGCUACAAGUUGCUAUUAAAACUGCAGAAAGGGAUUCAAAAAAAGUGGCACAGCAAAUUGAAACGUUGGAAACCAGCGUUCAUACCUGUGAAAAUAAAAUUCGUGAAAUACAGCAAGAAAAAGUUAGUUUCGAAACGAAAGCUAAGGAGCUCUUAGAGUCUCUGAACGAAGUGACAGAAGAACUUGUGGAAAGAGACGAAAGUUUGGCAACUUUCAAAGCAGAGUUGAAUGCUUUGCAAGAACGCGAGAAUAAAAUGAAAGCCGUUAAAAUUGAGCUAGACCAGCAAAUCAGAGAGAUGAAUAAGGUUCUUGAAUCGUGUCAACAAAAAAUUCCUGAAUAUACGAGAAAGAUUUCCUCAUUAAAACUUCAACCUAUUCCUGGUGAAAGUGUACAGGAAUUUGAGGAAAUCCCAGAGGAAGAGGUCCGCCAAUUGGAUCCUAAAAUGGUUGCCGAGCUAAUAGAGAAAACAAAAGAAAGGCUCCCAGCAGAAAUUCCGAACAUGCAAUUGAUUAAGGAAUAUUUCGAAAAAGAUGCUCUCUAUGUGCGUCGUGCCCAGGAGCUGGAAGAAAUUACAGUUCACAGAAACAAGCUGCGAGAUAUAUUCGAGGAUAGCAGGCGUCGUAGAACUCAUGAAUUUCUUGCUGGUUUUCUGAUUAUUACAAGUAAAUUGAAGGAGAUGUAUCAGAUGAUCACUCUUGGAGGUGAUGCUGAGUUGGAACUGGUCGAUUCCUUGGAUCCUUUCAACGAAGGAAUUGUUUUCAGUGUUAGGCCCCCGAAAAAGUCGUGGAAAAAUAUCAGCAACCUCAGCGGCGGUGAAAAAACUCUCAGCUCUUUGGCUCUAGUUUUUGCGUUACAUCAUUACAAGCCUACACCGUUAUAUUUUAUGGACGAGAUAGAUGCAGCUUUGGAUUUUAAAAAUGUGUCGAUUGUUGGUAAUUACAUAAAGGAACGAACAAAAAAUGCUCAAUUUAUAGUUAUUUCCUUGCGAUCCAACAUGUUUGAACUAGCUGAUUAUUUGGUUGGGAUAUACAAAACUUAUAACUGCACAAAGUGCGCCAUACUGGAUGUAGGAAAAUAUUGUGAUGAGAACAACAUCCACUUUCCAACACCGAACCUAAACAAAGAUUACUACAGCUCUACACAGGGAUCAAAGCCGUACAGUCAGUCAAUAUUGUCGAAACAGAGCACAAAUACUAAAGAAAAUCGGCCUACUAUCAUCCCUGAGUCAUCCUCAAGCUCAAGCUCGAGCUCGUCUGUCGUAGACUCGGAAUUGAGAUUACCCGAAUUAGGGUUGUGCCCUUCGCCAAAAAGAUUGACAACAACUGUUCGUGAUAGAAGAUCUGCAGAAGUUGAAGAGAGUAAAGAGAAGGCGCCUGGCGAACCAAGUACCAAACGACGUAAAUUAUGAGUAAAUAUUAUGCCUUGAUAAUCAGAAUGACAAAGAGCCCUGCGCUCAAAAAUUUUAUACCUUGCUACUUAAGUACUGUACAUUUACAGGAAAAAAAAAAUUAUUAAAAAAUUUUUUUACAUGCAAUAAUUAUCUGUUUCGUACGCGGAUAGAAUAUGAAUAGUUUUAUCAAUGUCAAUAGAAAACAAAUAUACUAUUGCCUAAA